UUUCAUUUGAUCACAUCACUAAGUACAAUCAUAUGCCUCACUUACCAACACAAGACUUUAACCAACAAAAACAAAAACAAAAACAAAAGAAAAAAAGUAAAAGAUAAUCAGCCCACAUCCAAACUGAACAUUAUAUUAUUAUUAUAUAUUUUUUGACACAUUAUAUUAUUAUAUAGAAGCACACACAUGAUACAAUCUCUAUGGCUUCUGACUAGUGUCCUUGAUUCACGCUUAUUUUCCUUUCCAUUCCUAAUCCUUUUUCGCCUGUAAAGCACAACCCACUAAUCCCAAAAGACAAGACUCUCAGAGUCUUGAGUGACAAGACAAAUUGGGCUUAGAAAAAGCUUUUCCCUUCCAAUUAAUACCUAAAUUUACAGAUCUGUAGUCUUAAAUCCUCAAUUUUUUUUAUUUUUUUGGGGGAAAAAAAAAAAACUAGCUUCAAGAAACGAGGUUUUGGGUUUUUCCUCUAAAAAUUUUGGGUUUUUCCUCUAAAAAUAUUUGAUCCUAUUGGUCAGAAAGUAAAAUAAUUUUACGAUUUCCAUAAGUUGAUUUUUUUUUUUUUUUUUAAAUAUUUGAUUUUGAAGAAGAUACUAGAGGGAAGAAGUGGGUUUGUGCCGAAAAAAAAAAAGGGUUCUUUUUUCUUGUUCAUGGUUAAAAUUUCCGGUUCUCUGGUUUUGAACCUCUCUUAUUUGAAGGAAAAACCUGGUUUUGUGAAGUGGGUUUCAAUAUUCCCCAUUUAGACUGAUACCCUUUCAAAAAAAGGUUUCGAUUUUCCACAAAAGGUUGGUUAGUAGUUAUUUAUCGCAUGGAAAGAAGAAUUGGGUUUCUGCUCAAAAGUGUUUUCCUUUCAAGUUAUGUGGAUCUAUGUCACUAAAUCUGCAUUUGUCUGAAGAAGAAUCUGAUUUUGUGAAGUGGGUUUUCAUUCUUUCCCAUGAAAAUUAGCACCAAUUCACUGUAGGGUUAGGGAUUGAUUACAGUUGCAGAAAGGUGGGAUCUUGAAGAUGAUUCAGCUAUUGUUCUUGGUUCUGUUUGCUGAAGGUGUGGUGGCAUUCCUUCUACUGGUGAAGAUUGGGCCACUGAGGGAGCUGGUGAUGAAGGGUUUGGAUCAGGUGAAGAUGGGGAAGGGUCCAGCUACUGUUAAAACCAUCGGUGGUACAAUGGCAGUGAUCCUCUUCUCAAACUUCAUCAGCAUUGUCAAGAUUCAGAACAAGGGUGCCAAGCUUGGUACCAUGACUCCCAUGGAUCAGGUUCUAUGGAGGACACACUUGCUGGAGGCUUCUCUCAUGGGGUUCACUCUAUUUCUCGGAUUCUUAAUUGAUCGGAUGCACCAUUAUCUUCAAAAAUUGAUUUGGUUAAGAGGUAAUGUGGCCGCCUCGAGACAGGAAGUUGAAAAGCUUGAGAAAGAAAAGCAGCAGCUAAAGGAAAAGGAGGAGAAAGCUGCCAAGGAAAUAAAGCUGCUGCAGAAAGAAAUCUCUAAUUUGACAGAGAAUUUGAAGAAGCUUAAGUUGGAGUCUGAAGAGAAGGACAAACGUGUUGAAACUGCCGAAGUUCAUGUUGCUUCCCUCCAGAAACAAUCUGCAGAUCUGCUUCUAGAAUACGACCGCCUGUUAGAAGACAACCAAAAUCUUCAGAACCAAGCUCUAGGAUAUAGAUGAAAUUUUCAGAAAUCUAUCAUCUCCAGUUUUGGAAUCAGUUUUGGUCACAGGUGACGUUGAUUAAACCUCUCCUUGCAUGGAAAUCGGCCUCCACUCUUACAGAAUGGGGGAGGAGCUGCUGCUCGAUGUUGUUUAAAAUUUUGUAAUUUCUCUUGAAUUUAGAAAUUUAUCAGCUUAAUCGCGAUGUUGUUUCUUGUACCUGAAUUCCCAUCCCUUCUCGGUGUUUCUAACUGACAAUAGUAAUUUGAUUUUGUGAAUGUAACCGAAACAGACAAUGUUUUAUUGGGAACAUUUAGAUAUGUUUGCCAUGAAGACAAUGUUCAUGCUUGGCUAAUCCGAAAAGUUUUGUAUCUUGGCUAAUUAGUUAUUUCUCACGUCACGAGGUCAAAAA